AAGAAUGAAAAUGGAUGAAUCAAAGACUUGAUUCAUUUUGGAGAUAGGAUAUUUUGCACAUUAAAGAUUUAAACAGCAUUUUAACAUCGCAUAAAACCGUUUUUUACAGGAAUAAAAACAGCAAAUAUUGAUGUGUGUGUCUUUUAUAUUUGGAAAGUACAGAAAGACGUAACCACUCGCCGGUUGAUGAGCCGGUUUGUUUGCUUGGUUGUGUUUGCUUAUUUCCACAUGUUGUCCUGACUCACUGCUGGGAACAAAAACACUCGACAGUCUAUGAAACCAAGCCGCAGUAUGAAACACAGAAGAAAUGCUGCUGUGCUUUCCAGCGCUCUAAAGAUGGCCGUGUGGAUGCUCCUGACUCUAACCGCACUCGCUGGAUGUGCCCACUCUUGCCCAGAUCUGUGCUCCUGUUCCUUUACAGAGGUGGUGUGCAGCCAAAGCGCCCUCACACAUUUCCCUGUCGAUGGUUUGCCCUCCAACACAACUCGCCUAUCCAUCCAAUCCACCAACCUCAGCAGCGUGACAGCGAGCCACUUGAGUGCCGUGCCCCUUUUAAACGACCUCCAGCUGUAUCACACCAACCUAAAAAGCCUUCCUUCAGAUCUACUGAAGAACGUUCCUCACCUGAACACGUUGGAUCUCACAGGAAAUCAUCUGGUUCAUCUUCCUUCCAAUGUCUUCCGCCAUGACUCACUUCAAAGUCUCGUGCUGAGGAACAAUCUGAUCCAAACAGCCGAUGCCGAGUGGUUUUCUGGCAACAGCAGCAUCACCUGGUUGGAUUUGUCUGGUAACCGUUUAACCGUUGUACCCGCCGCUCUUCUUCAGAGGCUGCCCAGUCUGGAGAAUCUAGACGUUAGUGAUAACAAUCUGCGAGACCUAGAACCCGCCGCCCUGAGGAACCUGCGCCGCCUGGAGACGCUGAAUCUCGCCAGUAACAACUUAAGCUCCUUGACACCGACAAUCUUCAGCCACAACCUGAAACUAUCGCAACUGUUUUUGCAAGAUAAUCAGCUCCAAGAGCUGCCAGGGACCCUCCUCCAGGGUCUUCAACAUCUCGAACUUCUGCUGCUCAAUCAGAAUCAGCUGCAGCGUUCCCCCUCGGGGCUGCUGGAUGACAGGACAUCCUCUUUCCGGGUCGUUUUAGGAGGAAACCCCUGGGUGUGCGAUGAGAAGAUGGAGUAUCUGUGGAAGUGGCUGGCUGUCCAUCCUCAAAAUGUCCUCUUCUCGGAGGAGGUGACAUGUGCACGGCCUGAAGCUCUUGAACACAGACAAGUGGUCUCUUUAACUAGCGGUGAGCUUGGACUUCACACGAUUCAAAACCAGUGAUGUGGAGGUUGUAAAAGUUUAAAACUCUGCUCUCUACAUUCCACUGAAAUCGGAUGUCAAAUGAACUGCUGGAAUAAAACGUUAUGAUUCAUUCUGUUAUCAUGCACUACUUUCUUAUGUCUUUUUAAUCCACCAUUGUUUGGAUAUUUUUCAGCCCUCUGGGUGGCGUAAGACGAUACUUCUUAAAAGCAAUGAGCUGAACAGACAGUGCGGCUUAUCUAAGAAUUAAUUCACCCAACAGAUUCCAGCCAAAUCAUCUGUCAAAUCAAAAAUUGUGAUUGGAUGCAAAUAUAUUCUGUUAAUGUUGAUCUUGAUCUGCGAGGCACCUAAUCUCUAAAUUUAUUGGAAUAAUUUAAAUAUGGAGAAACUAUUUUUUACAAUUUUGUAUCAUACUCUCUUUAGAGCAUGGUCCAAAAGCUGUGAUUUAGAGUGAUGUCACAGAAUCACAAGAAGUCAAAGGGCUCCUUCCUCGAGGGUUUUUGAUAUUCUUGCGGUGAAUUCGUGCUCCAACAGAUCUGCCUCACUCGGGUGUUGGUUGCAUCGCAGAUUGCAGCAUUGUUUCAGUCGUGCCCAUUUGUUCUUAAUGAUGUUGAGCAUGUAGGAGUGUGUGGGCAGUGCAAUGGCUGAGUCUUCCAGCUGACCUCUUCUGGGUGUGUUUAAAUAUCUCCGCUUCCUUAGGUCUCUCUCUCUCAUAGUGUAAGUGUGUAUAUAUUCUGUGUGCCCACACACACUGCAUGUCGUCAAGCCUUGAUCCCAGUGAGUGCAGACCUAAAGAGAAUGUAUUACCGAAUGUAUUAUUAUGUCUUAAAUAUAAAACAUUGCCUCAUUUAGGGGAUGUUACUUGUGAAAAUUAAUCUGUGUUUGUAAAUGCUCCAUAAAAGGAAGAGGGACAUUUUCAGAGGUGUGGUAUAUGUCUUUAAUUCUACCUCUCUGAAUUGUAUCCUCCAGGCUCACGGUUGAGGUCACGGCUCUAAUGUGUGUCAGUGUGUAAUGUCAUGCAGGUUGUUCCUGAGAUAAAUGAGGAUGAGGCUACUCUCCCUAUACGUGUGGAGGAAUGCUCUCCACCAUAUUGUUGGCUGAUGAUGACUGACGGGCACAGCCUUAAAAAUGACUGAGGCCUUUCUGAAUUGGUGUUAAAGUAAUGGAGACACUUAAGUGCUACUAAUUUGCACAAACUGGUAUGCUAAUUAGUUGACAUUUUUACAAUAAUCAACUAGAAUGGGAUUUCUCUGAUUAUUUAUUUUAAAUAUUAAAACUCAGGCUAGUCUUUG